UGUCAUUUAUCAUAGACCUUCCUACUGACCCCACAGCAUUUCAUUACUCUUUUUACCUCCAUGGCGCCAGAUCUACGUGCCCCACUGAUGCUUUGGCUCCUGGCCGCUUGCCCUGCUGCUGGGCAGAAGGUUGAUGAGAAGUACCCGAUGGUAAAUACUAACUAUGGUAGAUUGAGAGGAAUGAAGAAGGACUUAAAUAAUGAGAUAUUGGGCCCAGUUGUACAGUAUUUGGGGGUCCCUUAUGCUACACCACCCAUUGGAGAGAGGAGAUUCCAGCCCCCAGAGGCACCAGCAUCUUGGACAGAAAUACGGAAUGCCACAACGUUUGCUCCUGUAUGUCCGCAGAACCUACAUGGCAUGUUACCUGGCAUUAUGUUGCCACUCUGGUUCACAGAAAACAUGGAUGUGGUGGCAGGAUAUGUGCAGAAUCAGAGCGAGGAUUGUCUUUACCUCAACAUCUAUGUACCCCUGGAAGAUGGCCCUGAUUCUAAAAAAUUAAAUGAAGAUUUACCUGAUAAUGAAGGAAGUUUAGAAGAAGAUAUCCGAGACAGCGGAAAGAAACCUGUCAUGAUGUUCAUCCAUGGGGGAUCCUAUAUGGAAGGAACUGGGAAUAUGUUUGAUGGUAGUGUCCUUGCUGCUUAUGGAAACGUUAUUGUGGUCACCAUGAACUACAGACUGGGAGUGCUGGGAUUCAUGAGUACAGGAGACCAAGCAGCAAAGGGAAAUUACGGGCUACUAGACCAAAUACAAGCUUUACGAUGGCUAGAAGAAAAUAUUGGACAUUUUGGAGGGGACCCAGAGAGAAUCACCAUCUUUGGGUCAGGGGCAGGAGCUUCCUGUGUCAGUCUCCUCAUCCUCUCCCACCAUUCUGAAGGUCUCUUCCAAAAAGCCAUUGCUCAGAGUGGAACAGCCAUCUCCAGCUGGUCUGUGAACUAUGAACCCCUAAAAUACACCCGUCUCCUGGCCUCUAAAGUGGGUUGUGAUUACCAGGAAAAUUCAGAGACGGUGAAUUGCCUGAGAAGGAAACCUUACAGAGAUCUUGUGGACCAGGACAUCCAGCCAGCACGGUACCAUAUUGCUUUUGGCCCUGUGGUGGAUGGUGAUGUGGUGCCAGAUGAUCCAGAGAUAUUAAUGGAGCAGGGAGAGUUCCUCAAUUAUGAUAUCUUGAUGGGUGUCAAUCAAGGUGAAGGCUUAAAGUUUGUGGAGGACACCCUGGAGAAUGAGGAUGGCAUCUCUGCCAGCUACUUUGAUUUUACAGUGUCCAAUUUUGUGGACAACCUCUAUGGCUACCCAGAGGGAAAGGAUGUCCUCCGUGAGACUAUUAAAUUUAUGUACACAGAUUGGGCAGACCGUGACAAUGGGGAUAUGAGGAGGAAGACUCUUUUGGCUCUGUUCACAGAUCACCAGUGGGUAGCUCCGGCAGUAGCCACAGCCCGCUUCCAUGCAGAAUAUGAAUCCCCUGUAUACUUCUAUGCCUUCUACCACAGAUGCCAGGCAGAAGGGCGGCCAGAAUGGGGAGAAGCAGCCCACGGGGAUGAAGUUCCCUAUGUUUUUGGGGUGCCUAUGGUUGGAGCCACAGAUCUUUUCCCCUGCAAUUUCUCCAAAAAUGAUGUCAUGCUUAGUGCUGUAGUCAUGACAUACUGGACCAACUUUGCAAAGACAGGUGACCCCAAUCAGCCCGUCCCCCAAGACACAAAAUUUAUCCACACAAAGCCUAACCGUUUUGAGGAGGUGGUAUGGACCAAAUUCAACCCUAAGGAGAAACAGUAUCUUCACAUUGGACUCAAGCCUCGAGUAAAGGAUAAUUACCGUGCAAAUAAGGUAGCCUUCUGGCUCGAGCUAGUUCCCCACCUUCAUAAUCUAAACACAGUUCUACAAACCUCCAGCACAACACGGCUGCCACCCUAUAACCCACGUUGGUCAACUGGUCCAUGGACAAGUGGUGGUGGAAGCAGCGGGAGUACCACACGACGCCCCCAUGCCACUCUUCCUCCUGAUGAUGACGGAGAUGAAAAUGAGAAUCAUCCACGAUAUUCACCAUUUCCAGGUGACUCACGUGACUACUCUACAGAGCUUAGUGUGACAGUAGCGGUGGGAGCCUCACUACUAUUUCUCAACAUUCUGGCUUUUGCAGCACUUUACUACAAGAGAGAUCGACGCCAUGAGCUCCGUCAGAGGCGCCACAGUCCAGGAAGAGGUGGUGCCCCUGGAAACGAUUUGGCACACCAUGGCCCAGAGGAGGAGCUUAUGUCCCUCCAGAUCAAAAGGGGUGGAGGGGCCCCUGACCUUGAGCCUUUGAGGCCCCAUGACAUCCUACGUCCAGCUUGUCCCCCCGACUAUACACUUGCCCUUCGGAGGGCUCCUGAGGACGCACCACUCCCACCACCACCUCCACCACCUGCUUCUGUCAUGGCACCAAACACCAUCUCGGGCCUCCCCUCUUUACAUCCAUUUAAUACCUUUCCCACUACAGCCCACAAUAAUACCCUUCCUCAUCCGCACUCCACAACAAGGGUAUAGGGGUACUAAGUGACCCACCAACUCUGCCCACAUAUUGCCUCUGUCUCCCCCUCCUCUUAUGAACACCAAAGGAGGUGUUGUGGGCCCACCAUGCCCAAAAAAAGAUUUUGCCUCAUGGCAGGAGGAUGGGGGAGAGAUAAGGACA